CAUUCCUCAGGCAUAAGAAGGAGCAGAUCUUGGGUAAAGUUUUGCAGAGAGGAGGUCUUGCUUAGAUUGCAUGAGGAAGCUUUUCAUUUGGAAUAGCAAUUUAUUUAUUUAUUUUUUUGUUUAUGCUGGAGAUAGAAGAGUUUUCUGGCUGAAGUGUGGUUGAAGACUAAACUUUCAUUAGUUAUAAGAAGUGGAUAGGGUAUGAUGGAGCUUGUAGUUUUGGUGGCCUUCAGCUCGUGGCUGGCUCCUGCACUCGGAUCAGCGUUUGGUAGGGAAAUGCUGGCCUCAGCAGCAGACAAUGACAAAGACUUUGACAGUGCUUUUCAAUACGAUUAUGAAUCUCUGAGGAUCGGUGGCCUGGUCUUCGCUGUGAUCCUCUUCCUCCUGGGCAUUGCUCUGAUUGUCAGCAGGAAGUGUACUUGUUCAAAGAGCGACAAGUCAAGAUCCAGAGGUUCUGAUGUUCAACCAGGUUUCCAGAGGGCUUAACCAACAUGGAACACCUGUGUCUCCGAGUGUUCCCAUUAGAUGGCAGCAAACGCCGCCACGACAGCAGAGGACGAGCUUUGCUUUCUUCAAACCCAUCAUGUCUCUGUUCGUUUUCGUCUUUUUGUGCUUUUAUCAGUCACUAGAUGAACUUUAUACAGCAGCGAGAGUGCGACGACUGUUUGAAUUUUUGUCUUUUGAAAAAAAGAUGCGAAAUAAUAAAUCCCAUUUUAGAAA